AUUUUUGAUUGAAUUUUGCUUGUCUAGAUCAGAUUUUUAAUGUGAAUAGCACUGAAAAUUGCACUAUGCCCCUGUCCCACGGACCUUACAAGACAAAUACAUUUAUCACUGCAGAUUAUUGUUAGAAUGGCCAGUAUAGUAGGAUGCGGUUAGGGGUUGGGAAGGCUGGAACAGGGUCAGAAAAGGAAGACCCAGCUGCAGAAGCAGAUUCUGAAACACAUUCAGUUCAUGGAAAAUGGGCUGUAAAAUCAGGUGAAGGGCAUUAACUCCUGAGUAAUCCUGAUUCAGACUAUCUGCAUUCCACCCCCCUCCCCCCCCAGCAUAUAACCAAUGAAAGGUGCUGAGCACCUUAAGUGCUAUGAUGAAUGUCCUCAACUUUCAUUCAUGUCAAUGGGAGUAGAUAGCACUCAGCACCUAUCAGGAUUGGGCCCUCAGAGGAGGAGUUGCAGGCACAUCAAAAGGAUCUGUUUGAAGAACUGGCUACUGUGUCUGUUUGUGGCUACUGUGGAAAUGCAGCAGAAUUGUUAUAACGCUAGUCACAGACUGAGGGUGGAUGGUGUCACGGUGAGGCAUGGAGUCAGAUUCAGGAAAUGUGGGUCCAGUUCUGAGUUUUGCUUGUGAAAUUGGGUGGCUCAUUUGUUCUCUUUGUAUCCCCUCAGUAAAACGGGGAUAUUAGUCCUUCCUUUGUCUGUUUUGUCUUUAUCUAGAUUGUAAGCUCAGUGGGACAGGGACGAUUUCCUAUUUUUGUUUGUACUGCAUGUUGCACAAUGGGGCCUCAAUCUCAGUUGGAGCCACUAGACCACAUGUGUCAAACUCAAGGCCCGCGGGCCACAUCCGGCCCGCCAUACAAUUAUAUCCGGCCCGCGAAAUCGUUUUAUAUAUCUGUUUUUAAUGGCCCUGUGAUAUGACGCCCCAAUAACACACACUACAAAUCCCAUGAUGCAGUGCAAUUGCCGCCAACGGCAAGCCGCGGUUCAAGUUCGCGGUCUGUUGAUGUAUACAACGCUAAUCUCAAAUCAAAGCUAGACCCCAACAAUGGCCAAGAGAAAAAUUGAUUCUGAAAACCGAGGCUUUCAAAGCCGGUGGGAGAAUGAGUAUAUGUUUACUGAAAUUGCAGGUAAACCAGUGUGUCUCCUUUGCGGGAGUAAUAUCGCUGUAAUGAAGGAGUAUAACCUAAGAUGGCACUACGAGACGAAACAUGAGAACAAAUUCAAAAACCUGAGCGCAGGACAGAAGCUACAAAAGGUAGAGGAGUUGAAGAAGAAUUUGACAUCCCAGCAGACGUUUUUCACCAAAGCAAAAUCACAAAGUGAAGCUGCUGUGAAAGCAAGUUUCAUUGUGGCCGAAGAGAUCGCCAAAUCAGGACGGCCGUUUACCGAGGGGGAAUUCGUAAAGAAUUGUAUGAUGAAAGUGUGCGACGUCCUUUGUCCAGAUAAAACGCGAGCGUUUGCAAAUGUAAGCCUCAGCAGAAACACUGUUGCUAAUCGGGUUUGUGAGAUGGCGACUGAUUUGAAAACACAGUUGAUUGAAAGAGCAAAAGAUUUUGUUGCAUACUCCCUUGCCGUGGAUGAAACUACUGACGCGACUGACACUGUACAGCUGGCGAUAUUUAUCCGUGGUGUGGAUUCCAAUUUGUGCGUAACAGAGGAAAUACUGGACAUUAAAUCGAUGCACGGGACAACGAAAGGAGAAGACAUCUUUGGAAAUGUAUUUCAAAGUGUAACCGACAUGAAACUGCCGUGGGAAAAACUCGUUGGACUUACAACAGAUGGCGCACCUGCUAUGUGUGGUGAAAAAAAUGGACUGGUGGGAAGGAUGCGCUCAAAGAUGCGGGAGGAGAACUGUGCCGGUGAGUUGACAGUGUAUCACUGCAUCAUACACCAGGAAUCGCUGAGUGCUAAAGUCCUAAAAAUGGAUCAUGUGAUGAACACUGUAACACAAACCGUCAACUUUAUCAGAGCCCACGGUUUAAAUCACCGCCAAUUCCAGUCUUUUCUGCGGGAAAUAGAUAGCGAGUUUGGCGAUAUGCCAUAUCAUACGGAGGUCCGGUGGCUAAGUCGGGGAAAAGUUCUCAAAAGACACUUUGAGCUGCGAGAGGAAAUCUGCCAGUUCAUGGACAGUAAGGGGAAAGACUGCACAGUUCUGCGGGAUGAAAAGUGGAAAUGUGAGUUGGCGUUCCUGGCUGACAUAACGUCGCAUCUUAGCGCUUUAAACCUUCAACUCCAGGGACGGGAGCACAUAAUAACCGAUAUGCAUGAUGCAGUGAAGGCAUUUCAAGUGAAGCUGCGCUUAUGGGAGACACAAAUGCACCAAUGCAACUUGUCUCACUUUCCCUGUUGCCAAGUAAUACGGAACCAAGAAAGUGCCACAGUUUUCCCAAAUGCCACCUUUGCUGAAAAACUCAGCGCGCUGCGCACUGAGUUCGCACGGCACUUCAGUGACUUUGAGGCACAGAAAAGUAACUUCGAGCUGCUUCGCAAUCCAUUUGCAGUCGAUGUGGAAACCGCACCUGUAGAAAUGCAGAUGGAGCUGAUAGAACUGCAAUGUAACGGGACACUGAAGGCAAAGUACGACACUGCGGGGCCAGCACAGUUCACUCGCUUCAUUCCUGAAGCGAUGCCGCAGCUCCGCCAACAUGCGGCUCGAAUCCUGUCCAUGUUUGGCAGCACAUAUCUGUGCGAGCAGCUGUUCUCUGUGAUGAAAAUUAACAAAACGUCACACAGGAGUCGCCUCACUGAUGAACACCUGCAAUCGAUCCUGAGAAUCUUCACAACACAGAACCUAACCCCAAACAUAAACGAACUUGUUGCAAAGAUAAGACUCCAAGUAUCAGGCUCUGACUAAAUAGGACAAGAAAAUGGAAUGUUAUGAUUUGUUAUGAUUAUACUUUUGCUUUAAAUUCAAUUUUUUAUUUAUAUUUUCAGAUUUUUUAAUAUUCCAGCAUGUACAGAUUUUGAAUGUAUUGUAUUGACAGGAUAUUUUUUUAUGAAGAGCAAAAUAUUUUAAGUUGAAAUGUAUUUAUUUUGGAAUGAUAUCCUGUAUUUUGGUUCAUAUUAAUGGUUAAAAAACAUAAAUAUUUAGUCUGUUAAAUAAAUGGUUAUACUGUU